UUCCGCCAUCUUUCAGCGCCGGCACCAUGGUGCACAUGAAUGUCCUGGCUGAUGCUCUCAAGAGCAUCAACAAUGCUGAGAAGAGAGGAAAACGCCAGGUCCUCAUCAGGCCCUGCUCCAAAGUCAUCGUUAGGUUCCUAACUGUGAUGAUGAAGCAUGGUUACAUUGGUGAGUUUGAAAUCAUCGACGACCACAGAGCUGGGAAAAUCGUUGUGAACCUCACAGGCAGGUUGAACAAGUGUGGAGUGAUAAGCCCUAGAUUUGAUGUGCAACUCAAAGACCUAGAAAAAUGGCAGAACAAUCUGCUCCCAUCCCAUCAGUUUGGCUUCAUUGUACUGACAACCUCAGCUGGCAUCAUGGACCAUGAAGAAGCAAGAUGAAAACACACAGGAGGAAAAAUCCUGGGACUCUUUUUCUAGAGAUGUAAAACA